CGCGUUUCCUUCUGUCCUACCUAGCGAUGGCGGACGCUGAAAUUGCAAUGCAGCAUGUUAAUAUCCCGCAGCCUUAUCCGAGACGAAAAAGGUCUUCAAUUAACAGAGGCGACGAAAUUCAAAGAGUAGGUGAUGAGAGAAUCGAUCGGUGGUCUGGGAAUAACAACGGGGGUUAUGGAUACUACCUCGAGGCUCAGAAGCAAGAUGCUUUUGUAGAAGAGAGGCCCCAGGCGAGCUCCAGGAGCUCUUUUGCCGGGCAAAGUGGUGACGAAGAUCUCAUCCCAAUCUCAACCCCUCCGGGCCACCCUUCCCUCGACGCCAGACCCUUCAUUCUGAAAAAGUGGUGCCUUAUCAUCAUCCUUGUGUUCAACCUCUUAGCUCUCAUCGGUGUCUGCCUUCUCCUAUGGCGUUCCGACAACAAGAAGCAAUUCCAUACUUCAUACAUCAACAUCCAUUUUAUGGUGCGAUAUGCGCCCAGUAUCCUGGGUACAGUAACAACAAUCGCGGGCCGAAGCAUAACCUACGCGUUCUCGAGGCUUGAUCCGUAUAUUGCCAUGGCGGAUCAAAAAGGCGAGAAGCCAGGCCGACAUGGAAAGGCAUCAAGGACGGUGGGGUCCGCCUUUCUUCCUCCACUAGGCCAGCUCGGGUUUGCAGUAAUUUCGAGGAACGGGCUGCGCGUGAUGCUUUUGGUCAAUGGGAUAUACGUUGGCUUCUUUGUCACCGGCCUCAAAGCGGGCUUUCUUUCGUCACGCGAGACGUCCAGUGGUUGGAUCGUCACGGUCCAUCCAAUCUUCUCGAUGGUUUUGAUUGUCGUGUAUCUCUUGAACGAGGUCGUCUUGCUUUGGAUUUACUUUUAUCUGAGGAACAGGAACACGGGCCUGAAGUGGGAUCCCACAACGCUCGCGGAUCAAAUUGCCCUUUUUCAUGGCUCCAAUAUCCUAGAGGACUUUGCUAGUCUGGAAGAAGAGUACAAUACGUUCGGCGGCAGGCUGCUCCAAGGACGAGAGUAUCGACUCGGGUACUGGCAAAAAGGCGCGAAUAGAGAUAUCUGGUAUGGUAUCGGUCGGGUGACAAGGGCUAAGACCAAGGAGGCAUCUUCGGCGACAACUCGAACGUACGACCAAGGUACUACUCCGCCCACGGAACAGAACCAAAUCACAAACUGUAGAGAUGGUCAACACAGGCCCGCCUGCGACUGCCGGCAGUCGUACUAUCGACCCCGUACUCCCUACUUUACCAGCUCUGUAGUGAACGGAUGGGUCGUAAUAAUCUGGAUGCCAAUCAUCCUCGCUGCUCUGAUUGCAUGCAUAGUAGGCCUUGUACAACGAGUAGAGAAAACCGGAUUCAGCCUCGAGAACAAUUGGUAUCGCAUCUUCUCCCACAACGACACCAUCCCAACAGCACCGGUCAACGUCACCUAUGAUCCGUCCGCGUCGAGGUUCGACAUAAUUGGCUCAUUUCACCCCAAUGCCGCGAACGACCUCGGCCUCUAUAUAGUCGUAUUCCGCACCCUGUUUGUCGUCAUUGCGUCCUUGUUCGCGGUUGGUGUGAUGGAGAACAUCGACCUCUCGAUCCGAUUCAGUCAGCCAUUCGCCAACAUGUACAGGAAUGACGCUUCGGCUUCCCAGAGCCUCUUGCUGAAUUACUUGUGGGGCAUACCGGGCGCAGUCACCAUCGAAGCGUUGAAGAAUCGACACUGGAAAGUGGCCUGGUUUUCCCUUCUCAACCUCAUCUCUCCUUUUUUCCCCAUCCUUGUCGGUGGCCUUUUCACCAUGACGAAUACUGGAGCGAGAAUCUUGUUCAAAGUCGACGAAUCGUCGUUUUAUCUCGUAUUUGGGUAUCUCGUCACAUACGCCUUGAGUGUGCCGCUUGUGUGGCCAAGGACGAACAGGCGCCUGCCGAGAUUCUGUAGGAGUAUUGCGGAUGUUAUGUCCCUCUUUUACGCAAGUGUUCUUAUGACGAACCCGGCUUUAGAUAUUUCGGGAAAGGACGUCGAGCAGAGACAUCUAGAAUCGAGAUUGUUUCUUCAAGAGGAGCGCUUUCAGAUGGGAAUCUUUACUGGGGUGGACGGGGCAAAGCAUUUUGGCAUGGAUUAUGCGGAGUUAGGUGGGCCUGGAAGCAAGAGGCAACACGUUGUGAAAGUUGGGAAAUUGCAGAAGGAAGGGAAUAAAUACCGAGUGAACGAAGAAAGGGACGGAAGUGCGUAACUACUGUGGCUUAUAUCGAGAUAUGAUAACCCAACCGCAGCGCCGACCGUUUUUCAGGCAAUCUAAUAUACCGCCACUUGAACUUGCUAGUCGCAAUACCAGCUACUAGCACGGCUUUCU